AUGAUUAAAAUCAUGGUAGAAAAAACUGACAAGAAACAACCAGAAGUAGUGUCAACCGGUGGCUUGAAACAGAAUAAAGGGUCUACAGAUACUAAACAGCAAGCUUCUAAUAUUACUCAGUCUAAAGAAGCAAAAUCGGCUGGCAAUAUUUUGCAGGCAACACUUCAAAAAAUGUUCAACCUUGAACUCCCAGAGAAAGCAAGAUCCACAAAAAAUUCAAAAGACUCGUCUGCUUCGUGCUCCGAAUCUGAAGACGAACGUUUAGAUCGACCCGACAAUAAACAAGGAAAUUACUGUGAAGUGAUGGAAUAUUGUGCCGGUGGCGACCUUUAUUCUUUAAUCGCCUCACAUGAAAGACUGGAGCAGGAAGAGGCAGAUUGCUUCUUUGGGCAAUUGAUUAACGGUGUCAAAUACCUACAUGAUAAUGGUGUUGCGCAUCGUGACCUUAAACCCGAAAAUCUUCUUCUUACCUUAAAUGGGUGUCUCAAGAUUACUGACUUCGGAAAUGGAGAAUGUUUUCGCAUGGCAUGGGAGACACAAGCUCGUAUGUCGCGUGGAAUUUGUGGUAGUGAACCAUACAUUGCACCAGAAGAGUUUAUCCAGGAUUGGUUUGAUCCAAGACUCGUCGAUAUAUGGGCUUGUGGCAUCAUAUAUAUGGGAAUGAUUACUGGUAGACAUCUUUGGCGUAUCGCUAAAGAGAAUGAAGAUAAUAAUUUUAGGGUCUACCUAGAGGCAAGGGCUCAUGGUGAAUUUCUAUCCCCAUUCCAAAAACUAUCAAAUGAUCGUCGCCGUAUGAUGUCAAAAAUAAUAGAACCCAAUCCUAAGCGUCGUAUUACAACAGAACAGAUAAUCGAAGAUUCUUGGUUUUCUGGAAUUGAUAUUUGUUACAGGCCGUUAAAUUCAAAUCACAGUUUACCCGUAAAUGCGACUUGUGGAUCAAAUUGUAAUGUAAAUCAGAAGACUAUGAGAGAAGCUAUUAUUGAAAACGUGGUGUAA